CUUCCCCCAUCUCCUUUCCUCUUCCGUCUCGGCGUUUCCGUCUCCACCUCCGCCUCCGCCUUCCCUCCUCGCCUCGCCACGCCGCAUUUGCAUUUCCGGAUCCCCUCCUCUCGCACUACCCAUUCCCCUCCGCCGCCGUCUCACGCGCCCGCAACCCACCCGGACUCCCUCUUCGAUCUCGCCCCGAUUCCCCCGCUCGCGCCCCCAACCCGAUUCGUCCCUCUCACGCGCGCGCGGGUGGGAAGACAGCGAUGGCUUGGGGCGGGGGCCUCUCUCCCCGCCGCGGGUGACCUCUCCUCGCGCGGGGAGCCCUCCCGCGUGCCCACGCGGAGGAUCCCGUCGCGGCUGGUGCACUACCACCUCCUCUCCAUUCGCCACUCCCCCGUGCUCUCUCGCGCGUCCCCUCGACCAUAGGGUUUGCUCCCUUCCUUCCUCGCCGCCCGAUUUGAUCUCGUCCCUUCCGGGCUCCGGCUAGGCUGCUCCGUCUCUCCUCCUCCGCCAUGUUCUCGCACGGCGCUGAUUCCGCCCACGACGCCGGGACCGUUGGCGUCAGCAGCGGCGUCGGGGCCACCGUCCCCGCCCGCUUCGUCUGGCCCUACGGUGGGAAGAGGGUCUUCGUCUCAGGCUCCUUCACCAGGUGGUCGGAACAUUUGCCGAUGUCUCCUGUCGAAGGCUGCCCCACUGUAUUUCAGGCUAUUUGCAGCCUGUCUCCAGGGAUUCAUGAGUACAAGUUCUAUGUGGACGGGGAGUGGCGUCAUGAUGAGCGCCAACCUACUAUAUCUGGGGAGUUCGGCAUAGUUAACACACUAUACUUGACAAGGGAAUUUAAUCAAAUAAACGCCUUAUUAAAUCCAAGCACACCUGGAAGCAGGAUGAACAUGGAUGUGGAUAAUGAAAAUUUUCAACAUACGGUUACAUUGUCGGAUGGUACCAUUCCAGAAGGUACUGUGAGAGUUUCAGAGGCUGCAAUACAAAUCUCAAGGUGCCGCGUUUCUGAGUAUCUCAAUUUGCAUACAUGCUAUGAUUUACUCCCGGAUUCGGGCAAGGUUAUUGCUCUGGACAUUAAUUUACCUGUGAAGCAAUCUUUUCAUAUUCUGCAUGAACAGGGGAUUCCUGUAGCUCCUCUCUGGGACUCAUUCAGAGGUCAAUUUGUCGGCCUUCUGAGCCCAUUGGAUUUCAUACUUAUAUUGCGGGAGCUAGAAACUCAUGGCUCGAACUUGACAGAAGAUCAGCUUGAAACACACACUAUAUCUGCAUGGAAAGAGGCUAAGCGGCAAACUUGUGGAAGAAAUGAUGGUCAGUGGCGAGCACAUCAGCAUCUAGUGCAUGCCACCCCUUAUGAGUCCUUGAGGGACAUUGCAGUAAAGCUUUUGCAAAAUGACAUUUCUACAGUGCCAGUUAUUUAUUCAUCAUCAUCAGAUGGAUCAUUCCCUCAGUUAUUGCACCUUGCAUCCCUUUCUGGAAUUUUGAAAUGUAUUUUUAGGUAUUUUAAAAACUCAACUGGUAAUUUGCCUAUUCUGAACCAACCGGUGUGCUCCAUUCCGCUGGGUUCCUGGGUUCCGAAAAUCGGUGAUCCAAACAGUCGUCCAUUGGCUAUGUUGCGACCUAAUGCAUCACUUAGCUCUGCCCUUAACAUGUUGGUUCAAGCUGGAGUGAGCUCAAUACCAAUUGUGGAUGAAAACGACUCCCUGCUUGACACUUACUCUAGAAGUGACAUCACAGCCCUAGCUAAAGACAAGGUCUACACACAUGUUCGCCUGGAUGAGAUGACCAUUCAUCAGGCUUUACAGCUUGGACAAGAUGCCAAUACGCCUUUUGGUUUUUUUAACGGUCAGAGAUGCCAGAUGUGCCUCCGGUCUGAUCCUUUGCUGAAGGUGAUGGAGCGACUGGCUAAUCCGGGGGUGCGGCGGGUGUUCAUAGUAGAAGCUGGGAGCAAACGUGUGGAGGGUAUUAUAUCACUGAGUGAUAUUUUCAAGUUCUUGCUGAGCUUGUGAUAAGAGAAGAGGAGCAUGACGGACAUUUGUUUGUGAUCAAUAGUAAGAAAACAGCAGGGUAUGUGAAGCAAGCUGCCAUGGAUCUCGCAUUCCCCCUCCCCCUCCGGCCUUUGGUCAAGUAAGGCAGGAUUGAAGGUGGCGGGCUUUGUCUUUGCUGAUAAUGGCUGUUGGAAUUCAUAGUCUGUAAAGUUCUUUUUUUUCCUUUGUUUUUCGUUUUAACCAUUUUGUGCCUCCCGUUGUUACCAAAAAUAUCUGGUGAUUUUUAUUAUUAUUUUUGGAUUGUUUCCGCCCUAC